AUGGCAGAGGAACUACUGGAGGAAAAAUAUGGAAAAGUUACAGGGCAUGUCACACCUUCGCUGCUCUUAGUGGCCUUUUUGUCCUCGUUUGGGAGCUCCAUGUUGUAUGGCUUCAAUUUGGCUGUGGUCAACUCUCCAGCACAGCAUAUCAAAGAGUUCUACAAUGAAACUCUGACUGAGGAAUAUGGUUGGGAGACAGACGAGGAGUUUCUCACCGUCCUCUACUCACUCACGGUGUCCAUCUUUGCUAUCGGAGGAAUGACCGGUGCCCUGCUGGUGGGCCGACUGGUGACCACCUAUGGCAGGAAAGGGACUCUGGUCAGGAUCACUGUGCUGGUGUUUCUGGGUGGAGCUCUCAUGGGCUUCAGCAGGUCCUGUAGGAUGCCUGCCAUGGUCAUCAUCGGACGGUUUAUCACAGGGGUUCACUCAGGGAUUUCUCUCAGUGUUGUGCCGAUGUAUCUUGGGGAGAUUGCGCCAAAAAACUUGAGAGGUUUCUUGGGCCUUGUUCCCAGUAUUCACAUUUGUCUGGGAGUCUUUAUCGCUCAGGUUUUGGGACUUGGGGAAUUACUGGGAAAGAAGGAGCAUUGGCCUCUGCUCUUGUCUCUGGUUGUUUUCCCGACAAUGGUCCAGCUUGUGUUUUUGCCAUGGUUCCCAGAGAGUCCUCGCUACCUGCUGAUUGAGAAAGGAAACGUCCACGCCACUAUCACAGCCCUGAAGUGGUACCGACCCAGAGGGAACAUCCAGGCAGAGGUGGAGGAGAUGCAGGAGGAGCAGCGCUCUCUCACCUCCUCUGAGACCGUCACAGUGUGGGGUCUGCUCAAAGACCGCUGCGUACGCUGGCAAGUCAUCACCAUCAUAGUGGUCAACAUCGGUAUGCAGCUGUCCGGCAUCGAUGCAAUUUGGUUCUACACAAAUGAUAUAUUCAAGGACGCCGGGAUUCCUGAGCCUCACAUCCAGUACACAACAGUGGGGACAGGAGCCAUUGAAGUCAUCUCCGGAAUGUUGGGGUGUUUCACCAUUGAGCGUGUGGGCAGAAGACCUCUGAUGAUCGGUGGAUUCCUGUUCAUGGGAGUGUGCUGUGCUGGGAUCACUGUGUCUGUCAUGUUGCAGCCUCAUCUGAUGUUCAUGCGGUACAUAAGUGUGGGAUGUGUGGUGGGCAUCAUCGCUGGCUUCUGCAUUGGUCCAGCUGGGGUUCCCUUCCUCCUCACUGCAGAGCUGUUUAAACAGUCCCACCGCCCUGCAGCCUACACUGUGGCUGGCUGCCUCAACUGGCUCUCCAACUUCACUAUAGGAUUUCUCUUCCCUUUCCUGGAGAUGGACAUGGGCCCCUACUGUUACCUUUUAUUCUGUGCAAUAUCCUUGGGAGUGGCCCUUUACGUGACCAUCAUCAUUCCAGAGACCAGGAACAAAACAUUUAUGGAGAUCAGUCAGAUGUUUGCUUCCAGAAACAACAUUCUUGAAGAGGAGCUAACAUCAAACGGACAUCUCAAAAUGUCUAUGAUGAACGGUUAUGGGACCCUAGGACACAGCAAUUCUACGUAA